AUGGCAUCGGGGUCUUUCAAAUUUGAUAUUGCGUUAUCGUACGUCUGUUCUCUCGGGGUCACUGUUGAAUACGUAUUUUGUCCGCAAUUUUAUUUCACUUGACUAACACCUGCCAAACAAACGCAUGUUUCGGUUUAAGCGCCAUCUUUAUUUUCGGUCUUCUUCUAAUCGACCUUCGUUUUUAAUGUUCUGCGCAACUUAUGGUAGACUGGGCUUUUUGGUUUCCGUUUUCUCAGGAUGUCCGACUUCAUUCUCCUGGACUAGUUUGUAUUUUCUCACUCGAAAAUUAGGAAUUUUUGGACCCAAAAUGCUGUCUUGUCACCAUUCUAAUUCAAGGCCGAUCCUUCGCAUGCACUCACCCUUUUCCAGCGGCCAUUUUUUACCUCUAUUCUAAAAUGCAAACAGAUCCCACGCUUUUGCCGUCCGGACUCGUUCCUCUUGGCCCUCACGACAUUUAUCAGGUCCUUUGGUCUUAAUUUGUUUGAGAGUUUCUUCUAAGGUGUUACCCUCCUGGUAGAUUUCAGACUCGUGACAUUUCCGAUUUUUUUGCAACUUUCUUGCGUUUUUAGCUCCAAGGUCGUAAUACGCCCUUCCGCUGCCUCAUCACUUGGAGAACAGGCUCAGUCUUCGUCUAAAUUGUCGAGUUUAACAGGACCAAUGUCUGGAGUAAAUUUGGCGAAAGGCACAUCCAUCCCGAACGCACACGACCCUGGCACCUUAAAAAGCUUUGGCAACGCCCGUUUGCCCAAUGGACGGACCCCUGACGACUCUCGUUCCCUCUUGGAGCAUGUUUGUAACUUCGAUAUCGAUCGCGAGCCCUCUUCAAUGCGCAACACUGGGAUAAUCUGUACACUCGGUGCGCUCGUUUAUCUUGCUUCUGAACGGUUUCUCCUCUACAUUAUUAGUAUUUGCCACUAUGUUGAAACUGGGAUUUCAACCUCUCCUCACCCGAAAACCUUCAAUCGUAAACCAAAUGCAUUGACGUAGCCUCGGCUUUAAGUCGAACCAAUUAUAAAAGGACAAUUAGAUCUGCCCUUGUGAUGGUGUUGUCAUAUGUGCCAAGAGCCUGUGGUAUAAUUAUGAGUAAACCUUCAUGCAGAGUAUAGCCGCCUCUUAGUAGUGAACAUGUUGGGGUGUAAUCACCAUUGAGUCGUCUUUUCUAUGAGCUCUUGUUUUGUCGGGCAGUUAGAGCCGACCUAACGCGUGUUCCCACGACUCGAAGAGAUAGUAAAGGUGAUCAGGAGGAAUAAUUUGGGUCAGGAUUAAGUUUAGUGGUCAGAUCGUCGUCCCAUAGCUAGAUUACAAGUAACCCCACAAAUAAGGUUGCUUGACCUCGUUCUUCUUAAAGGGCCAAAACUUCCAGGACGAAGUACAAGACCAAUCCAUUGGGUGGUUUUGCGAAAUUUCUACUGCUUCCACGUUUGUUGAUAUAAAAUGGGACGCGGUAAAUGGCCCAAUACUUUCGCGGUUACUGCGUCGGACAUAGUCCCCCCCUCUGCAAAGUGGUAAUUUACUCUCUGGCUUGACAGUACUUGUUGGAGGUAAUGCACGCAUAUACUGGCUGUUCUGGCAAUUUCGUCCAUUGAUUAUCCAACUAUACUAGUUCCAUAGUAGUUAAUUCCCGUCUCGGUUUUCUGGCGUUGUCAGCCUACAUCCUCACAAUAUGGCUCGGCUGGUUGUAAUGACAUCCGUUUGCUCAUCACUCAGGGCUGAUACUGUAUACCAACAUUCAAUAAUUACUCUGUGCUUUCUAGGACCGGCAUCACGUACUGUUGAGACUUUACACAAAAUGAUGGCUGCCGGCAUGAACAUUGCUCGCCUUAACUUCUCUCAUGGCACUCAUGAGUACCAUUUGGAAACUGUCAAGCUGGUUCGUGAAGCUGUGGAGACAUUCAAGCCGUUUUAUCGUCCCGUCGCCAUUGCUCUGGAUACCAAGGGUCCCGAAAUUCGAACUGGCCUAAUCGACGGCGUAAGAAAUCUGAUUUUUCUCAUGUUUUUGGAUCUUUUGAUCCUCGGUGGUUGUCGAUUACGUCGGAGUGCGAUUAUCGUGAUAUUUCACACCAGAUGAACUUCUUAUUGAUUGUGAUUCUCACUACCGUCUUAUUGUAGAGCGGAACUGGCGAGGUCACCCUCGAGACUGGCGGCAAAAUACGUAUUACACCGAAUCCGCAAUUCGCAGAGAAGUGCUCAAAAGAUGUGCUCUAUGUUGACUAUCAAAAUAUUGUCCACGUCUUAAAUGUUGGUUCAAAAAUCUACAUUGACGACGGUCUAAUUUGCUGCAUCGUACAGGAAAAAGGUACGGAACUACAGCCUUCGUCCUCUUUGCAUCUUCAGUAUUACUGAGUCACUUUACUCUUUAUUUGAUUGCUGUCAGAUGUCCUGGCCUCGUUUGCUUACAGAGUCGGCAUUAUAGUUGCACUGUCAGCGUAAUUCAGAUUAAGUGAAAAUCCAUCAGCGAGAGUCCUUGCCUAGGUCUUUCCUCACUGUAAUUGAUGUCCCUGUUGGCAUAGUUUCUCCUCUGUCGGGCGGGAGAACAAAUUUGCCUGCACGCCAUGCUUUUUAAUCAAACGAAAAGAACAGCUCAGGUGGCUCGGGUUGUUUGUUCUUCACUCCUUUUGAAAAUAUCGCCAGUAAAAACACUGUGUUUGCAAAUCUGUUGUGUCCCUUGCUUUCCUUGCAUUACUCUCGCUUCGCAGUCCAGACAAAACUUCAUCUUUCGAAUUGCAUCCAGCGAUUGCUCUUCUCUUUAAGGUCCCGACUACCUGGACUGCACUAUUGAGAAUGGAGGCAAACUGGGGUCCAAGAAGGGUGUUAAUUUGCCCGGUGCACCUGUCGAUCUUCCGUCAAUGUCCGAGAAGGACAAACAGGACUUAACAUUUGCCGUUGAUAAUCAGGUCCGCUCUCCUUUUGAGUCGCUUCCAUUUUUCCAGGCCAUCAGUUUAAACCCGGUUUUGUGUUAAUCUCGUUUUUGAAAUUUCAAGUGCUUGACUUCCCAUACUUAAUAACCCUACGGUCUUUUGUGUUGAAGCUCGAUAUCAUCUUCGCUUCCUUCAUCCGGUCAGGCAAGGGUGUGCAGGAAAUUCGUGAGCAUCUCGGUGAACGGGGUGCUUAUAUCAAAAUCAUCGCUAAAAUAGAGAACCAUCAGGGUGUCAAACUGUAAGUCCUUCCUCAACGACCAGCUUGUUUCUGUCUGCGUUAAACGAUUUGUCAUGCGUCCUGCUUUGUGUUGGUUCCUUCACCCUGUUGCUUGUCUUUUUUUUCGACAAAACCAUGCUACCUCGAUUUUCGCUUGACCUCCGGUGUCCUAGAAUGUCCGAAUUUGUAUUCAUAGGACUUUGAGAUUCCUCCUCAUUUUUCAUCAUGUCUAACGCCUCUGCUUAGUUGCCUUGAUCAAUCCGGUAUCUUAUUUUCUUUGUCCAUAAAACAGAAGUUUUUUUAUUACCUGUUAUAUCUCGAAUGACCUGGACCAAAUUCAUCGGAACGUCUACAUUUCUAGAUAUGAUGAGAUCAUCCAAGCCGCUGAUGGUGUCAUGGUUGCUCGUGGUGACUUGGGUAUCGAGAUUCCCCCAGAGAAGGUCUUUCUCGCCCAGAAAAUGAUCAUUGCCCGGUGCAAUCUGCUUGGAAAACCUGGUAUCUGUGCCACUCAAAUGCUAGAGUCCAUGACGUACAAACCCCGGGCUACCCGGGCUGAGUCUGGCGAUGUGGCAAACGCCGUUCUGGAUGGCGCUGAUUGUGUCAUGUUGUCAGGUAACGGCUUAUUCUGUUUCUUUCAUUUCAUAUAGUAUUGCGCUGUCAUUGACAGUCUCUAUUGGAUUUGGAACUCACCCUUGCCUUGAGGAAUAAUUAUUAACUUUAAUUCAAAGUGUACGAUCUGUUUGUUUAGGCGAGACUGCCAAGGGCAGCUACCCUGUGGAGUGUGUUCAGACGAUGGCCAGCGUAUGCCGCGAGGCGGAGUCGGCAGUCUUGCAUGGGCAAUUGUUCGAAGACUUAAAGAGCGUCUUGUCUCUGCCUACGGACGCCACGCUAACGACUGCCAUAGCAGCUGUCGAAGCUUCGCACCGGUGCCUAGCUCAGGCAAUAAUCGUCGUGACCACUAGUGGCCGGUAGGUGUCGUUGAUUUAGAAUGGUCUUCGUUUUGUUUCCGUUCCAUUGAACGCUUAAUGGCAUUCUUUUGUUUUAGGACUGCCCAGCUGGUGUCGCGCCAUCGCCCACGCUGUCCUAUCAUCUGCGUCACCCGCACUGCUGUUGUUUCUCGUCAACUGCAUCUUUACCGUGGUUGCCAUCCAAUAUUCUACGGCGGUGAGUCCUUUCUACACUUUAACAGUACUUGUUGCCUAAUUUUUCCUCCGAAUGAACCCUGACUAGGCGGAAUUCAGCACUAAACGUAAAAUCUCGACAUUUUUAAUCCCAAUUUCGUGAAAACUCUGACUUACAUGUAAAACUGAUACGGCCAUUUGCGUCAUGUAAUCCGAACAGACGAAGCCUCUUUUCAUCUCUUUAGAACCACGAACUGAACUUUGGGCCGAAGAUAUGGACCGCCGGAUCGCGUGCGCCAUUGAUUACGGUCGUAAAAGGAAGUUCUUGAACGACGGCGACAAUAUUAUUGUUGUGACAGGUUUUAAGGCAGGUUCUGGGGCUACCAAUUCCCUACGUGUCAUUGAACUUGGUACGGACGCGGAGCACCACGUUAUGGGCAUCCCCAAUCUCAAGAAUUUUAAGGACUAG